CCCCUACUUCUGGUGUCACUUCUCCUCUCAAGUACUGACUGGGAUCCUCUGAGGUGCCAAAUCGCACCUCACGGAGGAUAUAUACAGGAAGAACACGGUCCACCAGCAACCACAACCUCAUUCAGCAGAGACCUUCCUAACACUAUAGCCAUGGAUACCUCCAGCUCUUCUCUUCAGGUCCAAGACAGCGGCGCUUUCCUGUUUGACUGUGAGAACCUUCUGGAUCAGAGCUACGCCGUAUCAGAUGUGGGCUACUACAGCGCCUGCAGCAGCCUUUCUCCAGCCUCUUCCACAGAUUCCUGUGGCUUCUCCCCUCCGGCUUACCCUUGUGGAGUGGGACAGGACAUAGCCCAGAUCAUCCCACACCGCAGCAUCACCACCCAGGAGAAGAGCAAGAUCCAGACACCCAAGAGAACCGGGCGGCCAAGGUCAAAAUUCCCUGGAGUGAAGCGGCAGACCGCAAGUGAGCGGGAGAAGCUGAGGAUGAGGGAUCUGACCAAAGCUCUUCAUCACCUCAGGUCAUACCUGCCUCCAUCAGUGGCUCCUGUUGGAAAAACCUUAACUAAGAUCGAGACGCUGCGGCUCACUAUCCAGUACAUCUCCUGCCUUUCUGCUCAGCUGGAACUCAGUGAAGACGAGGUUAAUCGUGCAGCUGAGGCCGAGGUCAAUGCUGCAUCAACCAACUUUGACAGCUUCACCGUGACCCCUUCAGUUCCUCAAAGUUUACCAGCUCAGGAGUUCCCAUCUAUGACCUGUUAUCAGACUCAGAAUCCAAUCGAAGGCGAAUUCCUAUCCUUCCCAGCUCAGGAUUGUUGGUUUCUCGAGCAACACAAUUUCUUCCAGGGACAGCGCUGAUCAAAGCAGACUGAAACGCAAAUAUUAAUUUGUGCAAUGUGUGUAAGAUAAUGAAAAGGAAAUACUUUAUAUUUGUAUAUAUGUUUGUACAGCUAUUUAUAUUUUUCUAUGUUUAAAAAUAUACUAAUAUUUAUGAAUUGUAGGUUUUCUGGCAAAUAAAGACUUGAAAAAUCUUA